AUGGGGGUGUGCGUGGUCCUGCUCUGCCACAUGCUCCUCCAGCGCAGGAAACGCCUGCAUGGACCCAGAGCUGACGGGGCAGCCACCAUUCAGGGCCGGAGGGACCCCCUCCCCAUGCCUGUAGCCCUCCGGGUCUCCCCCGCCUCGGGGCAGAGGCAGUGCUGUCCCGUCCCGCUUGCAGGGCGCAGGACUCCCAUCUUCCCCGGCUGGGACCUGGACAAGCUGCUGUCGGACCUGCGGUCCUUCCUCCUCAUCCUGGACCGGGAAAGCCUCAGCACCGCGGCUCGGGCCAAGAAGAAGUCGGUGGCUGAUCUCCUCUCCCGGCUGCAGAGCCCCCCAUCAGAGGAUGCGGAGUACAUGAUCAUGCGCUGCCUCUCGCCUUCGCCAGGGACCCCGCAGGGCCGGGCCAGCCCGGGAACCAGGACGGCAGAUGCAAGGGGAGGGAGAGCCUGCGAGUGUCGCCCGGCCAGCACCCUGAGCCUGCAUGGAGGGAGCAAGGUGCCGGGUGUCUCGCUAUCCCCACCAACCGACGACUCCUAUGAAGAUGCCGAACCCCUCGGCCCUGGCAGAUGCACUGGCUCCGGCGGUGCCGACUCCGACAGCAGCCACUAUGAGUCGUACGGGGAGGAUGAGGACAGCGUGACGGACCGUGCCCACUACCUGUGGCAGCCGCCGGCUGCCGGCCCCGAUGCCGAGGCCCCCGGCCGCCCCGAGGCGCAGCUCUGCGGCUUCCUCUGGAGGAAGCGCUGGCUGGGGCAGUGGGCAAAGCAGCUCUUCAUCGUCCGGGAGCACGUGCUGCUGUGCUUCAGGUGUGCCGCUGACCUGCAGCCCGUGCUGGAGCUGGACCUGCGGGGCUGCCACGUCACCUACAAAGCCAAGCGUGGCAAGAAGAUGCCGCACACCCUGAAGGUGAUGGGGAUGGCGGGCGAGGCACUGGUCAUCGGCUUCCAGAGCCGGCAGCAGGCUGAGGACUGGAGGAAGGUGAUCGAAGAGGUCAGCAGCGAUGCCCCGAGCGGGCUGGCAGCCGUCAGUGUCCCAGCGUCACCCUCCUCGAGGCUCGGCAGGGCUGCCGGGUCCCAGCUCGGCAAGGAGGAAGAUUGCUCCCGGCAGAGCCCUGCCCGCAGCCCCCGGCCCGGAGAGGAUGCUAAAGGAGGUUUCCUGGCGGUGCGGCUGCGUGGGCGGUGGCAGCGACUGUGGUGUGCGGUGCGGCAGGGAGCCCUGCGCAUGUUCCCCGAGCCCGGUGGCGCCCAGCGCCCCGUCUGUGCCCUGCGGCUGGAGGGCUGCGAGGUCUCUCCCGGGGCGGCUGCCGGCUCCCCCCAGCGCCUCCGCAUCCGCAUCGCCCAGCGGGGCCGGGAGCUCGCCCUGCUGCAGCCGGCCGGCAACAGCCCCUGCACCGAGACCUCCAGGCUGGGCGAUGCCAGCAGCUGCCCUGCUGCAGGCGGGCUGCUGCUACGCCGUGUCCCGAACCCCAACGCCUACAUGGACGACCCCUUCAGGCAGCUCCCGCCAGCCGAGACCCCCAAGCACCUCUACUCCAACGUGGAGCGGCUGCAGCAGCUGCAGCAGAGCUUGGACCGAGCAGUGCAAGGGCAGUGCAAGAGACCAGUGUCUGCGCUGCCCACCGGUGCCUGCAGCAACAUUCCAGGCAGCGCCCUGCCCUCGCAGGCAGCUCUCCGGGGCAGGGCUGCCAGCCCGCAGCGGGCGAAGGUGAGCCCCGAGCUCCGGAGCAGGGAUCUCUCCCGGUCCCAGCGCACCCUGACGCUGCCCGAGAGGAAAGGGGCUCGGGACGGGCUGGAUAUCCUCAUCGGGAAGAGAGCCUUCCCCAAGCUGGAGGAGAAGGUGGGGCAGCUGGAGAGGGCCUGCCGCAUGAAGGGCAGGCUGAAAGCCGGCUCCGAGAUGAACCUGCUGGCCAUCGGCAAGUCGCUGAAGGGCCACAUCGCCGCCACCACCAGCUCGGCUGGCUCCGAGGGAGUGUGA